GGCGGCCGCCAUGCCGGCUCCCCUCCCCCGCCGCCCUCCAGUCCUCCAGCAUCCAUCCCGGCAGCCCCCGCGCCGCGGCCGUUCGUUUCGUGCAGCCCCGCCCCUCUCCCUUCGGGUGCGAUCGGAGCGCUCGGCCCGGUUCGGUCGCUUUCGGGCGGUUUCGGGCAGCGCCCGUUCGGGCGCCGCCGCCGAUCGGGAGGGCGAAAGGGAAUAUUCGGACGCGCUCGGAAAAGGUUCGGCACAUCUCGGCCACCGCCUCACCCGCCUUCGGGCGGGAUCGGAAAACACUCGAGCGGACUCGGGAUUCUUCGACCCCGCGGGCCGGACCGCUCGGGGACUCGGCCCUGUUCGGGCGGGCUCGGGAGCUGUCAGGUAUCGCUUCGGGCCGCGCCGCCAAGGCCUCGGCCGCGUCCCGCGCUGCGAUUGGCCGCCGGCAGGAAGCGCGGGCCCGGCGCCUCGGGAGCCGCCGAGCCCCUUCGGACGAGGCCUGAAAAAGGACUCGGGACACUUCGGGCCGCAUCGGAAACGCUCGAUUCCGCCCGGGAAGCGCACUCGGAAACGCUCGGCACCGCUCGGCGGGAGAGCCCGAGCGGCCUCGGAGCACCGCCACAACCCCCCCCCCCCCUCCCCGCACCCCACCCGGCGGCGCUCGGGGGGGGGAGCGGCAGGGCUCGGGGCUGCUCGGGGCUGCUCGACCCCGCUCCCCCCCCCCGCCUCCCGCCGCCCCCGGCAGCCUCGCAUGGAGGACGCCGACUCGGCGGCCAAGCGGCUGGGCUUAGCGGAGGCGGUGGCGGCCGCGGUGGCCGCGGCGGCGGCGGAACCCGAGCGGCAACAACCGCAAGGCUCGGAGGGGAAGGCGGAGCGGCGGGAGGAGGUGACGGCCGUGACCGUGAUGGCGGCGGACGCCGAGCACAUCGAGAUGGGCGCCGAGCCGCUGCCCAGCGCCGACGAGGCCGCCGCGUUCGCAGAAGUCACCACGGUGACGGUGGCCAACGUCGGUGCCUCCGCAGACAACGUGUUCACGACGUCCGUGGCGAACGCUGCCUCCAUUUCGGGACACGUGCUGUCCGGGAGAACGGCCCUCCAAAUUGGGGACAGCUUGAAUACUGAGAAAGCCACUCUCAUAGUGGUUCACACAGACGGCAGCAUCGUAGAAACCACGGGGCUGAAGGGGCCAUCAGCACCUCUCACACCAGGACCGCAAUCUCCUCCUACCCCUUUAGCCACUGUCCAAGAAAAAACUGGAACCAAGUAUAACUGGGACCCAUCUGUGUACGACAACGAGCUCCCGGUGAGGUGUCGGAACAUCAGUGGGAUUCUGUACAAAAACAGACUCGGCUCAGGAGGCCGGGGUAGGUGCAUUAAGCAAGGGGACAACUGGUACAGCCCCACUGAAUUUGAAGCUAUGGCAGGACGAGCCAGCAGCAAAGACUGGAAGAGGAGCAUCCGCUAUGCUGGGAGGCCCUUGCAGUGCCUUAUUCACGAUGGGAUUUUAAAUCCUCACGCCGCCUCUUGUACGUGCGCUGCCUGCUGUGACGACAUGACUCUGAGUGGACCUAUUCGACUCUUUGUGCCCUAUAAACGACGGAAAAAAGAAAACGAAAUGUCUGCAAAUCCAGUCAAGAAGGAAUCCUCCAAAAAUAUCACCCUGCUUCCUGCCACGGCUGCUACCACGUUCACCGUGACUCCUUCUGGACAGAUCACUACCUCCGGUGCUCUCACCUUUGACCGCGCGUCGACGGUGGAAGCCACAGCCAUUAUCUCAGAAAGCCCAGCCCAGGGGGAUGUUUUCACUGGAGCCACUGUUCAGGAUACCAACGUCCAGCAGCCGUGCCGGGUGGCUCACCCAGAACCUCACUACCCAAGUUACCAGGACAACUGUCAGAUUUCCCCUUUUCCCGAAGCUGCGCUGCCGACAUCUCAUCCCAAAAUCGUGUUGACCCCAAUCCCUGCCCUAUCGGUGCCCCCCCAGACCCCCACCAAAGCCAUAUCCCCGACGGUGGUGAACGGGCUGGAGGUGUCAGAACAGCGGAGCUGGCUCUACUUGGAAGAGAUGGUCAACUCACUGCUCAACACGGCGCAGCAGCUCAAGUCUCUCAUUGAGCAGGCCAAGCAGGCCAGCUCCUCCUUCCGCGAGGCCGCCGUCACGCAAGCCAAGAUUCAAGCUGACGUGGAGAGAAAAGAGCAAUAUCAGAACCAGUUAUUUCAGCCAACAGAAGAUGUGGAUGGGAAAACAGAAAUCAUCAUCAAGCAGUCGUGUGUCAACUGUGGCCGCGAGGCAAUGAAUGAGUGCACGGGAUGCCAUAAAGUCAACUACUGCUCCACUUUCUGUCAGCGGAAGGUAUAAGAGCGUCUGACUGGAAGGAGCACCAGCACAUCUGUGGUGAGGCCAACGCAGUGACGGUGCAGGCCGACGAUGUGCACGUCACGGACAAUGUGAUGGAGAAGGUCUCAGUCUGAACACACCUACCUCUGACCCCAUGGCAGGGCGGUGCAGCCGGCUGGAUCGGCGGCCUGAUGAGAACGGUCUGUCCUUUACGUACAAACUCAUUUCUGAAAGACUUUUUCAUAGUGUUUGCCUACUUCCAGUCCUACUGCAGACCUCUGGAUAAAGCAGGGACUGAGAAAUCCGGAUCUGGAGGAGGCAAAGUGCAGCCUCCCACCCGGGAGCCUCCUCCAGCUUCAGGAAGCUUUGAUUUUUGCCAGACUGAAACUUCCACUGUGUGGAUAACGACAACCUCAUCGUCUCUCUUGAGAUGGAUUUAGAACAGUUGCUGCAAUUAGAUUUGCUGUUGUUCUGUUUUCCCCAUGCCUCCCUACCUCUUAUCUGAAAAAAGGAAUGAUCCCUCAUUUGGUUUAUUUAAUUGCCUUGAAAAAGUAUGAACUCUUAAUUUGCCUUCGGAAGGACAUUUUUUUUGUUUUUUUUUUGUUUUGUUUUCUGUGUUUCCUCUGUGCUGGGGAAAUUUGGAACACAUUGGAGCUUCUGCACUUAAAUACAAGUGGAAAAAAUCACAUCUUGUUCAAUAAAAUGCGAUCAAAGCACAGUGUAACCCCGCAGCAGCACCUCUGCACGGACAAGUGCAGCAUGUGAGGGGUGCAGCUGCAGGGAGUUGGGCUGUUUGCACA